GGAAGUGGCCAGAAGGGGAAGUGUGAGGAGUUCCCCUCCGGCCUGUCAUCAGUCUCCUCAGGCCUUCGGAGUGGCGGCCUGGGGGCCCAGCUGCGGCCAUGGAGCCUGUGGAGACCCCCGUCAAGGACGGCAUCCUCUACCAGCAACACAUCAAGUUCGGCAAGAAGUCCUGGCGGAAGGUACGGGGUCUGCUGUAUGCAGGAGGCCCAUCAGGCGUGGCACGGCUGGAGAGCUGGGAGGUCCGGGAUGGUGGCCUGGGGCCAGCGGGUGACAGGUCUGCAGGGCCUGGCCGGCGCGGGGAGCGGCGGGUCAUCCGCCUGGCUGACUGCGUGUCCGUGCUGCCGGCGGAUGGUGAGAGCUGCCCCCGGGACACUGGUGCCUUCCUGCUCACCACCACCGAGCGAAGCCACCUGCUGGCUGCACAGCACCGCCAGGCUUGGAUGGAUCCCAUCUGCCAGCUGGCCUUCCCGGGCACAGGGGAGUGCCCCUCAGGAUCAGGGGAGGCGGAGGCUCCCAAGAGGGGCCUGGUCCCCAUGGAGGAGAACUCGAUCUACUCCUCCUGGCAGGAAGGGGGUGAAUUUCCGGUGGUGGUGCAGAGGACCGAGGCGGCCGCCCGCUGCCAGCUGAAGGGGCCCUACUGCCUGGUGCUGGGCCAAGACGCCAUCCAGCUGAGGGAGCCGGCCAGCCCCCAGGCCCUCUACACCUGGCCCUACCGCUUCCUGCGCAAGUUCGGCUCCGACAAGGGCGUGUUCUCCUUUGAAGCCGGCCGCCGCUGUGACUCCGGCGAGGGCUUCUUCGCCUUCGGCAGCCCCCGAGCCCGCGACCUGUGUGGGGCCGUGGCCGCCGCCAUCGCCCGCCAGCGGGAGUGGCUGCCAGAGCUGGCGGGGCCCCGGCCCUGCCCCCUGCCGCGGGCCACCUCCCUGCCCUCCCUGGACCCCCCGGGAGAGCUGCGCGAGGCGCCCCCGGGGCCCGAGCCGCCCAGCUCCUGGAGGGCACGCCUGGCCGAGCCUGGGCCCCAGAGCCUGCCGCCGGUGCUGGGCCCCGUGCCGCCCGCCGAGCCCGUGCUCUACGCCUCAGUGUGCAAGCGCGCCAGGGGGCCCCAGGGCGCCGCCGAGCACCUCUACGAGAACCUGUCUGUGCUGGAGGCUGGCAGCCGCAGCCCCCUGGGCAGCCCAGUCUACCACAACCACGAGGACCUGGGCUGGCCCGGACCGGCCCAUGACAGCAGCCUAGAGGCCCAGUACCGUCGGCUGCUGGAGCUGGACAAUGACAACGGCGACGGCGAUGGCGACGGCAACGGCGUCGGCGACGAGGCCGCGGGCUCUGGCCGCCCUGGCGCUCAUGCAGGCUUCAAGGCCAAGCUGGUGACUCUGCUGAGCCGUGAGCGGAAGAAGGGCCCGGCCCCCUGUGACCGGCCCUGAACAUCCUGUGUGGCAUGGGACAGAUGGGCAGACAGACAAUGGACAUCUGGGGACACAUCCUGUACCCAGUCUGGUCUGCAGGGACAAGGCAGACCACCUGAGAAGGACCCCUCCUGUGCCCUGCCGGGCCCC